GAUGGAAAAUUUUAAAAUUCUAAUUGACUAUUACUACACUUGUUUUUUAGAUGAAAAUAGUUAUUACUACAACCUUUUAAUAGAAUGGGAAAAAGAAGGAGAUAAUGACAUAACUCUUUUUGAGAAUUUGUUUAUGGAAUAUCAAGGGUUAUACGGUAAUGUACCAGAAGAAACAGCACCUCCUCCGCCCCCCAAAUCAAAAAAAGGUUUUAAAGGAAUAGUCGGUGGGCUUCUUGCAAAGAAAGGGAAGUGUGCUCAGUCGUCGACGAGUUCAAGUGGUACAACAGUAAGCUCGCACAACGAACUUGCUAUGUACCAAGGGGUGCCAUGCGAUUACGACAACGACGACGACGUGGAGUUUGACGUCCACGGAUGGCGGAAGCGGAAUGAGCACAUGUUCCCAUGUCUCGGAAUGCUAGCAAGACAAGUGUUGUCCGUCCUGGUAUCAACCGUAGCAGUGGAACGAGAAUUCAGUGCUGGCGGCAACAUUCUAACCGACUACCGAAGUUGUCUUAACGCUGAAUCUCUUGAAACACUUGUUUGCAACCAAGAUUGGCUCUUGGCAAGACGUCGAGCUCAAGAGUCAGGGUACGAAUUCAAUUCGGAGCAUUACAUGAAUGCAACCACAGAUGGAAGUCUGAGUUCUGAGGAAUAAGUUAAAUAUGUAAUUAGAUUUUUUUAGGUGAGCGAUAUAUAAGCUCUUUCGAGGGUUUCUUUACAGUUCUUUAUCUCGUCGCUUUUUUUGAACCGUUAGGAUAUUAAAUAUAGUUGUUCUUCAGUUCGUGUAUUACUCAUUUUACAAUAUUUAAAUAACAACUACAUUUUUAG